CUGGACCGGUUCUCUCCACAAAGCUCCGCUCCGCCGUUCGCGAUCGGUUUCGCAACAGUCAGUUUUGCAUCGCAUCUGAAAACGAGCUGAUCGACGGUCGCAAGAACAACUUGAAUCGAAACCGUUUUCAGCCAGGAGCAACCGAUAAGAAACAUGGCGAGCAGAGCGACGAUCCUUCUACUUCUCCUGGCCGCAGAAUCCUUUGCGCAGUUCAAGCAGCCAGCAGCCAACAACUACUGGGCAAACCAACCCAGUGGCCAGCGACAGCAGCAGGUCACCAGGACGCGGACGGGCAUCCAGAGGAGUCCUCAGGUUUUGGGCGACGUGGAGGAAGUGGACUUUAGGAAGCCGGAGCCGACCACCCCGCCGCCGAACAACAAGCCGCCGCCGGCCUUCAGCUACAUGGACCGCUUCAGCGGGAAGCUCUUCCAGAAGAUCGUGCGCCGGCAGCAGCAGCGCAACGUGGUCAUCUCCCCCUUCUCCGUCCACGCCCUGCUGGCCAUGCUCUACGCGGCGGCGGACGGGAAGACCGCCGAGGAGAUCCAGGAGGCCGGCGUGUUCGGGACGAACGCCCUCAACGUGGCCAUCGACUUCGAGCGGCAGGCCAAGUUCAAGGAGUUCGUGCAGGGCGCCGAGCUGACCCUGGCCACCAGGAUCUACUACAACCGGCGGCUGGGCGGCGUGAACCGCAGCUACGACGAGUUCGCCAAGUUCUACUACGACGCCGAGACGGUGCCCGUGAACAUGGCCAACGGCAAGGACGUGUCGGACAAUGUGAACGCCUGGGUGGCGGACAAGACCAGAAACAAGAUCCGCGAGCUUGUCUCGUCCGGCGACGUCGACGACCAGACGCAGGCGCUCCUGGUGAACGCCGUCUACUUCCGCGGUCGCUGGGAGCACGAGUUCGCCACCAAGGACACGCGGCCCAUGGACUUCCGCCACUCCGACGGCCGCGUCUCCCAGGUGGCCAUGAUGGACAACGACGACACCUACGCCCUGGCCGACCUGCCCGAGCUGGAGGCCACCGCCUUGGAGCUGGCCUACAAGGACAGCGCCACGAGCAUGCUCAUCCUGCUGCCCAACCAGAGAAGCAGUCUGGCCAGCCUAGAGCAGCAGCUCGCCCGGCCGGAGUUCGACCUCAACCGGGUGGCCCACAGCCUGCGUCGCCAGCAGGUCCGCGUCCGCCUGCCCAAGUUCCAGAUCGAGCUCGAGCAGGACAUGACCGAGCCGCUCAUGCAGCUGGGCGCCCGCCAGAUGUUCUCGCCCAGCUCCCAGCUCACCAAGCUCCUCGACCGGCCGGUGCGCGUGGGGAAGGUGCUCCAGAAGGCCUACAUCGACGUGGGCGAGGCGGGAACCGAGGCGGCCGCAGCUUCCAGUGCCAAGAUUGUGCCCCUGUCGCUGCCCCCGAAGAUCAGUGAGGUCACCGUGGACCGACCCUUCGUCUUCGCCCUCCGCACCCCCAGCUCAGUGCUCUUCGUGGGUCACGUGGAGAGCCCCACGCCGUGGAUACACCAGCCCGAAGAGAGGAGCGAGCAGUACAACUACUAGUAGUAGUUCCAUCCCCGGAUGGGGAGCCUUGCAGCGUGCAUUUGUCAAAAUAACAAUAAAGUAAAACACGUAUUUAUGGAGAA